AUGCCGGCGGACCUGGCCCACAACCUCACAAUCACGGCUCAGUGCCUCUGCAAAGCCCAUUCCUACUCGACCUCGAUCUCCCGCUCUAGUCUCCCUCUCCAAGGAUCGAUAUGUCACUGCAAGUCCUGCCGACAUGUCACCGGGGCCAUGUACACUAGUCAUAUCAAGUGGCCUGGCCUGACUCGCGAGAUUCUUAGCUCCGAUCUGGCGCGUUAUGAGUUCACGUCAAAUGUGAGCUUGCUGUUCUGCGGGACUUGUUCGAGUCCGUUGUUUUGGGAAGAAUAUUACAAGGAUAGACCGGAGGUGCUUGAUGUCUUUACGGGAGCACUGAAUAAUGUCGCAGUAAAGAAUUUGAUCACCUUUCCGGAUCAGAUCUUUGUCGGAGAUACUGAAGACGGCGGCGUUUCACAGUGGCUAGUGGACGUGAAUGAAGAUGGCAUAGAGUCGAGGCGCUGGAAAGCAAGAGCUAUCAAAAACGAAACAUUCGAUCACGACAGACCGACACUAGUGGGCGCAUCGAAUGAUGAUCCCCAAAGCCCAAGGGAUAUCCCCAUUCAGUGCCGUUGCAAGGGAGUUGACCUUGUCCUUCGGCGGUUCCCGGACGACUUCUCACCCGGUGAAACCGACUCACUGCCCUUCUUCGUUGAUCCAACAACUCACAAGCACCUUGCGACCUUUGACGCAUGCAACACUUGCCGCUCUGUGUUUGGUGUCGAGACUGUCAACUGGACCUUUGCUCUGCUUCGACAAAUCUAUUUUGUGAGGGACAGAAAGUUGCCUAGUUUCCCCCAAUCAGUGCAAGAGCUCGAAAAGGCUGUCUCUAGCCCCGACAAAGAUGCUCGUCUUGGGACCCUGUCACUAUACAAGAGCUCGCCAGACGUUCAGCGGUACUUUUGCUCGCGAUGCUCCGCUUCCGUCUUGUACGCCGUCGAUGAUCGUCCUGAUCUCGUUGAUGUAGCGGUUGGUCUUCUAGAUGCACCGGAGGGGGCUAGGGCUGAAAGAGAUUUGAUUUGGAACCUGGGCUCAAGAGUUGGUGGUGAGGACGAUGUUGUUGGUGGGUGGCGGGAAGGAUUUGUCAACCGGGUCAAAGAAACCGCGGAGAAGUGGAGGGUUGAUAGGGGAUAUCUCAAGACCUGGAGAAGAUUUGCAGCUGAGGAUAGUGCUUGAGUAAUACUAAGGCGGACUGGCAGAGAGUAUGGCUUGGAGCAUGGUAUUUCUGUGCAAGUUGUCACGAAUCUGCACAUGUAGUUACCGUAUCUCGUUGUUCUUCCUGUCAUCAAGGAUGCCUUUGAGAGAGGCUCUCUGCUGAAAGGUAUCUCAUACUAUUAAAUCAAUGCUCCAUCUCUCUGGCAAA